AUGUCUGUGUCUUCCCAAACGUCCGAGAGGGGCCCAUCGCGACCGACAACCCCAUCGAGCCCACCGGGGCCAUUAUCGUCCGCGUCCAACAAGGGAAUUGGUUCGCCAGACAGAAGCCUGCGUGCAUCAAGACGACACGCAAGGUCGGCAUCUUGGAGCCUAUCAAGCAAGUUCAGCGACAAUUUGAACGAGUCGACGCUGGAAAACGUGGAACGUAGCUGGGAAGAGGCGAAAGAGUCUUGCAAGCUGAUCAUGGAGUGGGACGAUCCGGAGUAUAUGGACGACUAUAUGGAGUUUUUGAGAGAUCGGGAAGCCAUGGCGAGGGAGAUGUUAGCUAAGGUUGCGUGUGCGAGGCUUAAGUGGGGCGGAAAAGUGGACGGUUGUACUUUGCGAGUAAUGGAAGAAUACAUAGCGAGCAACCGGAACGAGUUUGCAGAGGACGAUCUAGUGAACGUCACGGCGGCAGUGAAAUCACUUAGACGUAAACACAAGGAAGGUCAAGACGACCCUCAAGACGACAGACCAAAGAAGAAAUCACGAACGGCUAAGGAGAUUGUGAUGGCGCAGCUACCAGCGGAUUUGGCGGACCAAAUAGACGGAUUGGACAUGGCUGGCUAUACGAAGGUCAAGGACCGCUUUCGCCGUGUAUAUGCGCAUAUCGGCACCACUGAGGGCAAGUUGGACGCAGCCAGUUUGGCGAAGGUGUUGCGGGGAUACUCCAAUAACCCCAGGGCGAAAGGCCUGUUGGAAGAGGAGGCUCUGGCGCGUCUCGUCGUCGGUUAUAGAAAAGCAUUCGCUUUCGAGGAGGUAAAGUCGGCGUAUUCCUACAGUCCCAAAGAGAUAAGAAAAGAGCUGGACGUCAUCACGAAGAUUGACUUACCGGAGAAAAGAAUGUUUGAAUCGGAAAAGGGGAGUGUUGGACUAUUGGAGGGAAUACUUCUGACGAUGGCGGCGCUACGGCUCGCAAUCGACUGGCAGGAGAUACCAAAUACGCAAGAAGGUAAGGAGUGUAAGAAAGUGCAUGCGGACAAGUUAUUCGAGUUCCAAUGGCGACGUGAGCUCGAACAUGUUGCGGUGGACUUACAAAAGGCUGGAGAGGCAAAACGGAGGCGAACAUGGCGUUUUGAGUUCGAGAGAUUGGUGACGAGGCGCAAUAAGGUUCUUCAACUUUUCAAGAAAUUCGGUUGUAUCGUCCUGCUGGAUCCAAUCUGGAGUCCGUUGGUUACGCGCACGACUAACUUCAACUCUUUGCAAGACUGCGUGAUAGAUAAUGUCUUGACGCGUGAACGUUACCAGGAAGACAAUGUUGAAGGACAGGGAGACGUGCCAUGGCAUACCGGGAACGAGUUGGAGAAUAAACGCAUGCUUAUUGAGUUGGUACGCUAUUUCACUACAGACGCGAUCGCCAAAUUCGUAGACGAGACGGUGAACCAGUUGGAACGAGAUGCGGCGGAUAUGAUGCCCUAG